AUGCCGGCAAAUGCACGCUUCAAGAAGCCCGGGCUGGAGCUCCUUCCUCACAACCCCAGCACAGUCGACACGCGCCCUAGCAUGCCUUUCAUGUCGUCUCCCACCCUCACCCCAUCGCCGCUCAUCCAAGCAAUCAAAGAACUCAAUCCAGGUCGGAUUUUCCCGAACAUCGUUGUCGAUGUGUCGAUGUUCGAUGUCGAUCGUCGGGCAGAAGCGCGGACUGCCUACGAUGGAACUCGCUCUGCUCUGCUGGUGAUGACGAAGACUUCCAAGUUUGUGGCCAUUGCGCUGCUGCAUGCGCGCGCAUCGUCGGCCUUCGGUCCUUAUCACCAUCGAUCUCUUACUUCAUCUUCAUUCCUCAUUACUCCAUCCUCCCACCUGCAUACUUAA